AUGUCGCGGGCUCAGGUUCCGUUUAGUAACACUGCAUUCAACUCUCUUCCCAUUGAACUCAACAAGGCCAUCAUCCACUACCUUGACGACGACAAGGACAUCGCGACAUACCGGUUGAUAUGCCGCGCUACAAAUGAUGCCGUCGAUGCCGACCUUCAGUCCUGUUGGCGUGCAAAGUUCCGUGAGAAGUAUGAUUUUUUGGAGGGCACAGCCAACAACCAGCUGCGGCGCAUGUAUCAGCGCCGGUCCAAGCUGCUGCGAUGCGGCACCAAAUACGGCUUCUUUCGUGGCCAUGGUAAAACCGAGGCCCGGGUUGUGAAGAUGUUGAAAGAUCUAAUCAUUGAAUCCUUCCACGGAGCCACCGAAGUGGAUGAGCAUGGGCGUCUCCGUUGCAAGAACCAUGCUCACCUCAUUCAAUUCAUUCUCGAGUCCCGCCUGCUAAACAACGACCGACGACCCCCCACAGUCCGCCACGGCGAACCUGCCCACGUCGAUGAGACACUCGCAGCUGUCAAGCUGAUAUGCUCUCAGUUCAUCUUCGAUCUUCCAGGUCUGGAACACAAUGUAUUCGCAUUCGACGAGUCACAAUUUGCCGUUUAUCAGUCUGCCACCGAAUCUCCCAUCUUUCUGGACAACUACAAAAGGUUGAACUUGGAAUGGGUUCUCCACAGCAUGAAUUUCUUCCGUCACCACAUGAUGAACGAAGAAGCCCAAACCCUAUUCGACAAAAUCGAUGAGCUAGAUGCAACUCAGAAACCCUCGGCCUGGCGAGAACCUCUUCGUCAGGGCGCCUAUCCACUCAGCAGACACUGGAACGGUACUUACGCCUUCCUCGACCACUCCGAAGUCCAACGCCUCCGCAAGCAAGGCCCAGGCCAUGAAAUCUACAUUGACAAGAACGUCGACGAAGGCAAAAUUCAAUCCCUCGAACUCACUUUCGCAAAAACCACCCACCUCCCCAACGGCGGCCCCCUUCCCUGGCCCACCCUCUUCGAAUCCCGCCUACACUCCGUCCUCCCCUUCACCAGCGCCCAGCCCCUCAAAACACAAGCCCGUCACUCGCCCAAACAACCCCAAAACAUCCAUUUCAAAGGCUCGGGCCAAGACCUCGACGACGAAUACUGCGCUCUCGGCUGGCUCAACGCGCUCCCACCUCAAGGCGGUAUCCCAGGCUGGCAGCGUAUAACCUUCAUGAAGCAUUUCAGCGAUGAUUACGAGGAUCCUGAUCAGGACAAUCUUUGGGCGUACGAAGGCGUUGUGAUGCCCGGUGGGAGGAUGAUUUUGGGGAGAUGGUGGUUUGCGUCUGAGUCGGCGCUUACGCAGUUGGAUUAUAGUGGGCCGUUUAUUCUUUGGGCCGUGGAUGAACCGGACAUGGAUGGGGAGGAGUAG